GCCACCGACAAGGGGAACAACACCUCUCGAACCGUUGCCGGGAACUGGCGCUUCCGAUCAUCACUACCGCGUUAUUCCUUCGCCGUGCAAUCGGACGAGUUUGAGGAGCAGCAGCAGCGGCUAGAGCGAGAAAAAAACAGCCCCCCCUUCACGGCAACAACGAAGGAGGGCCGAAGAAGACACCAUGUACGCUCUUCAUAGAGGCGGCGCCGUCGCGGCCACAGCCAGCGCGGCGGCGAAGAACGCCUCGUCCUCGAGGUUGCCGCUAUCGCAGGUCGCCAUGACACGGAGGGCGCUCUGCCUCGCUCGUCUCCAUCCCUCAACGGGGCCGGGGGCUUCAGAGGCGAUGCGCAGAGUUAGGGCCGAGGCAGCAGCAGGGGGAGCGCGGCGCCGCGCGGCAGGGGUGCGCGUGGCGCCGGUGUGGAGCCGCAGCGCUAGAGGGAUGGGGUCGUGGACGCCGGCUCCGGGCUCCCCGCAGGAGCGUUUUGGGUCGGUGGUGGUCGACGCCGCGUUGAGCAUGCGAGAGUCCCUCGAGGCCAAGCAGCUCAUCUGGGCUCAAAAGAUCCCCAAGGGCUUCGACAAUUUCUUCCCCAAGGGCGGGGGCGGCGGCGCAUCCCCCUCCAAAGAAGGGCAGGGUAACGCCUUCCCGGACACAAGCGGGGCGAAGGAAGACGCCGACUCUUCCGCGGGCAAGGAAGGCAGCGAGGCAUCCACCAAGGCUUCGGGCCAGAAGAAGGGGAAGGGGGGUGGAGCGGGCGGAGGGAGCGGUGGCGACAAGAGGACGCCCGGAGGACAGGAGAUGCUUGUGGCGGCAGCCAUCAUGGCGUUGUUGUUUUCGCUUUUGACGGACAGCUCGGGCAGUUCUGGCAAGCGUCCCGUGGAGAUCACCUGGCAAGACUUCACCACGCUCUUGCUCGAGAGCGGAAAGGUGGAACGCAUCGUGGUGGCGAACCACACGACGGCUAGGGUAGUCAUGAGGGAGCCAGUAGACCUCCGGUCCAUGGCGGACGGCUCCAACACCAUGGGCGGCGGUGGCAGUGAUAAUAUGUCUCGAUCAGAGCCGGAUGGAGGCCGGGGCCACGCGGACGGGGGUUUCGAAGGUACCGGCGGCAGCGAUUGGACGAACGGGGUGGCGGAUGGCGGCUGGGCGACCGGCGGCAAGGCCGACAACCACAAGCACAUGCGGCAGAGGCUCAACAUGCCGAGCUACCAGUUCGAGAUCGGAUCCGUGGACACGUUCGAGCGCAAGCUGGAGGAAAGCCAGCGGCAGAUGGGCAUCAACCCGAGAGACUUCAUCCCCGUGCAGUACGUCACGGAGAGCAGUCGCUCGCAGGGCUUCGUUAGGGCUCUCACCGGGCUUUUGCCGACGUUGGUGGUGGUGGGCACGCUGGUGUACCUGAGCAGAGGGAGCAGGGGAGGGGCGGGCGGCGGCCCCGGCGGUAUCGGGAGGGUCUUCAAGAUGAUGGACUCUACGGCGACCAGGGUGAAGCCGGACAGUGUGAAGGUCACCUUCAAGGACGUAGCCGGUGUGGACGAGGCGAAGAAGGAAAUCAUGGAGUUCGUAGAGUUCCUCAAGACGCCGGAGAAGUUCACCAACCUAGGGGCUAAGAUCCCCAAGGGGGCGCUCCUGUCGGGGCCCCCGGGGACAGGCAAGACUCUUUUGGCGAAGGCUACGGCGGGUGAGGCCAAGGUGCCCUUCUUCACCGUGUCAGGUUCCGAUUUCAUCGAGAUGUUCGUGGGAGUCGGCCCCGGGCGAGUUCGCGACUUGUUCAAGGAGGCCCGCAAAAACGCCCCGUGCAUCGUGUUCAUCGACGAGAUCGACGCCGUCGGCCGCAAGCGCGGGAAGGGACAGUUCGGGGGGGGCAACGACGAACGAGAGAACACGCUGAACCAGCUUCUGGUGGAGAUGGACGGUUUCUCGUCCAACACUAACGUGGUCGUGCUGGCGGGUACUAACCGAGUCGACGUGCUAGACCCGGCGCUCACGCGGCCGGGGCGCUUCGACAGACAGAUCACCGUGGACAAGCCCGACAUCAUGGGCCGCAAGGCGAUCUUCGAGGUGCACCUCAAGGGCCUCAACCUUGGCGGGAAGUCGUCCGAGUUCUCUGGCAGGCUUGCCGGGCUCACCCCAGGCUUUGUGGGCGCGGACAUCGAAAACCUCUGCAACGAGGCCGCCAUUGUGGCCGCCAGGCGGGACAAGAAGAAGAUCGAGAUGGACGACUUUGAGUCGGCGACGGACAGAGUAAUCGGGGGCCUGGAGUCCAACAAGCUGAUCAUGCCGGAGGAAAAGAGGAUAGUGGCGUACCACGAAGCCGGACACGCGGUCGCCGGGUGGAACCUGGAGCAUGCAGACCCGCUCAUGAAGGUGACCAUCGUGCCGAGGGGAUCGAGCACGCUGGGCUACGCACAAUACCUGCCUAAGGAGGUGUUCCUCCGCACCCGUGAGCAGAUCACGGACAUCAUCUGCAUGGCUCUCGCCGGGAGAGCUAGCGAGCAGGUCCACUUUGGGGAUGUGACGACGGGGGCGUCGGACGAUCUUCGAAGAGUAACGGCCAUGGUCUACCAAAUGAUCGGGGUGUACGGCAUGGGAGACGGCAUCGGGCAGCUGGCCUUCCCGCAGGAGAAUGGCGGCGGCGGGUUCCCCCAAGAGAGGCCGUACUCCGAUGCAACCGCUGAGAAGAUGGACCUGGAGGCGAGAAAGAUGGUAGACAGCGCUUACCAGCGAACGUUAGAGCUCGUCGAAGCUAAAAAAGAGCAGAUCAAGCUCGUGGCCGAGCUCCUCCUCGAGAAGGAGACGAUCAACCACGACGACCUGGUGUCCCUCAUCGGCGCCCGGCCGUUCAAGGCCCACAAGAGCUACCUCGAGUUCAUCUCCGCGAAUGAAGACGCAAAGCAAAAGAUGGCUGACAGCAAGGACGAGGCAGCAGCAUCAGCAUCGGCAACAGAUACAGCAACGGAGGAGGCGAAGUCCGGGGACGGGGACUCCGCUACUGGGGAGGGGGAGGGGGGGGAGGGUAGCAGCGGCCCGGCGGCGGCGAGCAGCUCGAAGGAGCCGUGAUUUUGAUUGUUUGAGGCGGCGUGCAGCUAGAGGGAGAGCCGUGAUUUUUGCCUAGAGAUUAUGUUGCUCGAUGCAAGUCGGGUCGGCGUUUUGGUUUGGUUUUGGUUCGAUUGACCGCUGCGGCGCUGUUUUUCUGCUGCAUCAGAGCGCAGGUUUUGCGGAGAGAUGGUGCGGGUUACAAGUAUGACAUCCAACAUUCCAUCGUCCAGCGUGGUUGGGCUUUUUGCAGGUUAGCGCGUGGUUUGGUUUCCCGUAGUUUUUUGUUGCCCGACCCUCCAAAUGAUGCAUUGCUACUCCUUCCGGGCACGAUAUGGCUACCUGUCAGGCUUCCUUGGGAUCCCAACGCCGUAUACAAGGGAGGCGUUUUUGAGAAGGAUUUGUAUUGUUCGGAUGAGUCGCCCAACUGCACACGGUUAGAGAAGGAAGAACAACGCACAGCAAGAUGAACAUUGCCCAGCUGUUGCUGCCCUAUGGGAAAACCGGGAACAUGACUCCCUCUUAUGUUGUCGCCCCGCUCUUUUGUCUACUGACGAACCACACAAACAACAAGAUGCAUCGCGG